AUGGGCUGUCGGCUCAUCCGUGGUCUCUCUGGAGCUGCAGUCUUCCUUGUCAGUGUGGCUCUCCUCUCCGUGCGGCACCGUGGGGCUCAGGAAACAGCUCGGUAUCCAGGGCUCAGGGAGGGGAUGUCGGAGAAGCUGGAGCGACCGAGCAAAGUGAGCCCAGAGGAUGCCACGGGAGGUGGUGGCAGGGGGCAGAAGGGCCUGCAAGUCCAUCCUCCGGAGGGAUACAGGACUGAGGGAAGCCUGACCCUUGGGGACAUUUUCAUAGCCGUGAAGACAACCAAGAGAUUUCACCAGAGCAGAAUGGAGCUGCUCCUGGACACAUGGAUAUCCCGAACAAGAGAGCAGACCUAUGUCUUCACUGAUGAAGAAGACGAUGCCCUGAAAAGGAGAAUGGGUGACCAUGUGGUCUUCACCAACUGCUCUGCUGAGCACAGCCACCCAGCUCUCUCCUGCAAGAUGGCCGCUGAGUUUGACGCCUUCCUGGCCAGCGGCCGGAGCUGGUUUUGCCAUUUGGAUGAUGACAAUUACCUGAACCCUCGGGCCCUCCUGAAGCUCUUGUCCUCCUACUCUGCGACGUGGGAUGUUUACCUGGGGAAACCCAGCCUGAACCGACCCAUCUGGGCCUCCGAAACGCUGCCAAACAACCAGACGAAAUCUGUGCGUUUCUGGUUUGCCACAGGAGGAGCUGGGUUCUGCAUCAGCCGCAAGCUGGCAAGCAAAAUGGUGCCUUGGGCCAGUGGCAGGAACUUCCUGAGCACUUCAGAGCUCAUCCGCCUGCCGGAUGACUGCACUGUGGGUUACAUCAUUGAGUGCAAAGUUGGCGGGCAGCUGCUGCCCAAUGCGCUCUUCCACUCCCACCUGGAGAACCUGCAGCUCAUCCCCCCCUCUCGGCUCAUACAGCAGGUCACCCUCAGCUACGGUGUCUUUGAGAACAAGCUCAACGUUAUUGAACUCAGAGGCCCCUUCUCACCCCAGGAGGAUCCCUCAAGGUUUCGAUCACUCCACUGCCAUCUCUAUCCCGACACCUCCUGGUGCUUGCAGGCUGUUGGCUGGUGAUGCCUGAGCCUCAGCUACAGCGGGUCCUGCUGACAUCCAUUCACCUUAUGCCUGUAGGGGAUGGGACACUGAAGAAGCUUGGUGCUCCCAACUUUCCCUUUUCUAUGGUGGUCUUGGGGCUGUGUGAUGGCUUUUUUGGCCUUGCUGAAUACCGGUGACACAGGACAAGAGACAAGAUCUUUGCCAAAGAUGGAUAACAUGGGCUGGACACAUGGAUGGGCUUCCCGUCUGUGCUGGGAUACAUGCAAGGGAUGGGAGCAGUAUGCCUCCCUGAGCAGAUCAAGGACUGGGUGGUGACUGCUGGGCAUCUGGGUAGAGAUGGG